UCCACAUGACUGCAUUCACAUGACUUGGUGAUCUUUAUGUAAUCAUGUAACCCUAGCCGAACAAAACUAUAUGGUGGUUUGUUCAUCAUUGUCUUGAUUUCUCUUUCUGCAGUGAAUACAUCAUUUAAUGAGGAUCCUAUCCAGGAGCUGGAGCAAUGGAUUGAUAAGUACACUGUUCAGCUUCCUCCACUGACCAGCUUUAUUCUGCCUUCUGGAGGAAAGGCCAGUGCAUCUCUACAUGUGGCCCGAGCAGUGUGUCGGAGAGCAGAGCGAGUAACUUUCAAGCUACUGCAAACAGGGGAAGUGGAUUCAAAUGUUGGAAAAUACUUGAACAGAUAUAAAAGUGAACUUGAAGUAUGUUCUUUGCUAUUAGCAAGUAUACCUUAGAUUUACACUGCUACAAUUAAAAGCUUUACAAAAAAAAGUUCUGUAUUCAUUAUGUACAUAGAGAUAGACCAGAAGGCUCAUUAUCCUAACUGGUACUCUAUACACCUUAAUACACAAGAUUUGUGGGGAAAAAAAUAUAUUAUAUAUAUAUAUAUAUAUCUAUCUCAAACAAAAAAAAUAUUUAGGGUAUAGUUAUGAGAUGACCUAUGGAUAUUAUUGACUUUCACUAUGGUACACACUAUAUAAAUCACUAUUGUUCUGCGAUUUAUAUUAUGGAGAUAUUGUCUGUAUUUUUUACUUGUUUUUAUGUCUAUAUAUUUUUUAAUUGAAUGAUUAUCACUUGUUUUGCCACUAUGUAUUCUGGGUAUAUAUACCCUUGUAUGACACCUUGCUUUAUGCUUGAUAAAGACCGCAUUGAGCGGUUGAAACGUUGCAGAGGGGAAUAAAAGAUCCACUAUUUUUUUCACUUUACGUCUGGAGUGCUGCCUCAUCCUUUUGAAUUUAUAUCUACAGUUAGCCGUUUGAGCCUGCGGCUGUGAGGAUUUUUGCACCCUUUCCUUUGGUCUUGUGCUGCUGUGUAUUAUUUUGUUUGCUGAUUAUCUGGACUCGCCCAGCUUGCACCGAAUUUUAGCUGUGUCCACAGAAUCACCAGCAUGGAUCUCCCCGAUGUUUUUACGUAUACCAGGGCUGAUGAGGAAAUAAUCUUACAGGGUCUGGUGAGUGAGCCUCUAUUUUUGUCCGCUCCUACCUUGAUUGACUUAAAAAGAUGCUAUGAGGCUGAUGCUAAGAAGAUUGCGUCCACUGAUCUACAUUUAAUGACCCUUGGUCAGUACUUCAAGGAUCAUAGAAUCCCUAGAGCGAUCAGUUCACAACUUAAGCCUAAUCCAUUUCCCACUGAAUCAGUCUUUGCUCAACUUGGAGUAUCUGCAGCAUGAAUUGGCUGUAAGCAGGACUCGGCAAUCUGAAACCAGGUUAGCCCUACAAAAUUUAUGACGAUAGCUGUAUGGGACAUGUGUCUAAAUUUAUUAAAGACCAGGAAGCUACAAAAAGGAAAAAAUGGCAGCGGGAUGCUGAUGACUACGCUAAGGGAAAAAUCUAUACGUGGCAGAUUGAAGGGCCAAAGAAACAGAUGUCCUCAUACCGGCCGGUUAAUAGGAAAUAUCAGCAAUCUGGACAUUCUGGAUCUACAGCCACCUUUGAUUCACCUCCCACUCAGUCUUUUUUUUAGAGAUGGGUUCAAUGUCAGUAAAAGAACUAGAUAAAAGAACCAGACGGGGUGGCACAAGACAUCACAGAUGGAUGAAAUCCCAAAUCCCCAAAACUGACAAAACCAAUGGUGCGACGCAAGAAGGGCAACCAGACCUAAUGAAUAGUGCAUCUGAUUGUAAAUCCACUGUGGUAAAUAUUUCUUCUGUAUCCCUGUCUGAUAUGCAAAUUAAUGUGCUCUCCAAGGCCCUGUCAUUUUGUCCCUCUACCAAAGUUGAUUGGUUUCAGUUGGAGGUCGAUCUGCAGCGCCUGUAUAGGAAUAUCGAACUUAAGGUUUGGUUUACAGAUCGGCCCCCUUCAGACCAAUCGACUGGCACAUUGACACAUACUGAGUUAAAACUGAGGUAAUUUGGGCUUUUUACUAAAAGUGAUUUUUCACCGCACAGUAAUUUACCUGUACUUGAUACCUGAAGGCUAUUUCUGUGGACAUAGCUACUUUACAUAAUGAGGUUGUUGAUACGCCUCUGAAACAUCCUAACAUGACUACCUCUGACGUUGCAAUACUUGAGGGACUGUGCCAUGACAACAGCCUCACUAUCAAACCUGCCGAUAAGGGGGGUGCGGUUGUUGUCAUGUACACUCUCAAGUACAUUCAGGAGAUUAGGAGGCAAUUGAGUGAUCAGAAUGUAUACAAGGUAUUAGCAGGUGACCCAAGAUUUGACAUCGCUCGAUGUAUCAAGAAGGUCCUUGACGUCGCUCUGUGUCAGGACAUUAUUGAUGAUGAGCUCUAUUCUUUCUUGAUUAUAUCACAGCCACAUACACCUGUCAAUUGUCAUAUAUGUGUUACCAGAAAUUCACAAAUCAAUGGUUGACCCUCCAGGUCGGCCUAUUGUUGCUGGUACCGGAUCCAUUUUUUCUAAUAUUUCCAUUUUUUGGGAUCGUCUACUUCGCCAAUAUGCAGUCAGUGCCAGAUCCUACAUUAGGGACACAGGAGAUUUUCUUGACAAAAUCUCUGGAAUCACAUUGCCUGAUGGUUGUCUCAUGGCUUCCUUUGACGUCACAAGUUUAUAUACUUCCAUCGAUCACACUAGGGGGGUAUCUGCUGUCCGGAGACAACUAUCGGGCAGUGAAUACUCCUUGGAUUGUCAGGAUUUCAUUGUCCAACUGUUGGAUCUGGUUCUGAAGAACAAUUAUUUUUUGUUUAUGGAAAGUUUUCUCCUGCAGUUAAGAGGGACCGCCAUGGGGUCUAAUGUGGCGCCCACUUACGCCAAUGUCUUCAUGGCGGUCCUCGAGGAGGACCUUGUCUAUGUAUCCCACCACUUCAGUCAUGUACUGGGGUGGUGGCGGUACAUAGACGAUGUCUUCCUAAUCUGGAAUGGUGACUCAACUUCUUUGGAGUCAUUUCACAAUUUUAAAUUGGAUCCGGAGAUUGCAUUUACCUUGACAUAUUCUGACACUCAUGUACAAUUCCUCGACACUACUGUCUCUGUGGUUGGUGACAAAUUAUCCACUGAUAUCUUCACUAAGCCUACUGAUUGCAACACUUUGUUGCACUAUAAUAGUUGCCAUCCCAGAUCCACUAUUGACUCAUUACCGUACAGCCAGCUUCUUAGGGUCAAAAGGGUAGUACAGGAUGCGGAAAUGCUACCUACUCGGUAUGCACAGAUGGUGCGCAAGUUUAGAGAGCGAGGUUACCCCCAUCAGGUGAUCGAUAAACAUCUCAAUAAGGUUAGGGGAACACAACAGGUGUUACCUGGCAUUACACAUAACAAAGUGGAGAGGAUUCCAUUCAUUUCCACAUAUUUAGAACAAAGUGGAAUAGUUGCCAAAAUUAUCCGCAAACAUUGGUCUAUAUUGAAGAGUAAUCUUCUUAACAUUGCAGCGUUCACUGUUCCUCCCCUGUUCUCAUAUAAGCGCACCACCAAUUUUCGUGAUAAAUUGGUUCGGGCAGACAUUCCAGCUAAAGGUUUGAUACAAACUUACAUUGGGCCACGGAGGAAGGGAUGCUACCCUUGCCUUGGUUGUGUGAACUGUUCAUACAUGAUCAAGGGGGAUAGAUUUAUCCACCCUGUAACGGGAACCCACUAUGACAUUGGUCAUUAUUUAACAUGUGACAGCUCUUAUGUUGUUUAUGUACUCUCCUGUAUGUUGGGGAGACCACAUGUGACAUGAAGACACGUUUAAACAACCAUCGUUUUUCGAUUAGACGUAAGAGGAAAGACUUGCCAGUCCCAAAACAUUUUGUCAAAGCAAAUCACAAGGAGAAGGAUCUUAAAUUUAUGAUACUAGACCAGAUCAAUUUGUCUAGGAAGGGAGGUGAUAGGACACUGGCUCUCAAACAGAGAGAGCUACGAUGGAACACUCUGAGACCAAUUGGACUCAAUGUUGAUUUUAAAUGGAGUGUGAUGUAAGAUGGGGCUCCUCAUUAUUCGCUGUGUUCUUUACUUGUUGUGACCUGUAUGUGACAGAUCAAUAGGUGUCAUUCACUUCAUGAUUUAUUAUGACAACUGGUUUUACAGUUAUUUUCAACCCUAUUUUUUCUCUUUUUCCUCUUUUUAGAUUGUCUCCAUCAAUGCUUUUGCAGCGGUAUUGGCAGAUGCGGAAAUCUACGUCUCUCCUUAUAUUUCUCGGGAUUGAGGGGAUUCAUGGGGCACAAAUAUUAAUUAUUGCCAAUUAUGCUGGUCGACUGUAUAGGGCUCUUGUUUAAUGAGUGGUGGUCUAUACCUGGCUAAUUCUAGAGUUUAGGGGAGAUAUUGGGUGUUGAGGUUUUUUGGGCAUAGACGUGUCCUUGACCUCGGACCCGUUGUGGGCCUACGGUUAUGUUCAUGGAAAUUAUAUAGCCUGUGGCCUCGCCCCCACUUCUUUCUCUCUAUACGUAUGGCACCUAUCCUGAAAAGUUUUUUUCUGGGUGCAUACAUACUUUAUGUACCACGAUCGCUCUUGUCCUUAGCCUGAGUACAGCGACCGUCUGGGUGUCUUUAUACAUCUAAUUGUGUGUUUCUAACUUUGACAUCCAUCUUACUGGUCUUGAUUUCUCCCACUCCCUGUUUGUCCUGGCUGCUCUUGUCCUUUCUCUCUGGCUUGGACGCGGUUUGCCUGCGGUCGGUGGCCUGUGGUUGCUGGGGCAACAACGCCAGUAUCGCUGGCGCUGUUGGCCCAUCGACGCUUGCCCCUCACCACCGCCCUCUGACUGGUCUCGCGAUGGGUGCAUGGGUCAUGUGGGUGAUCAGGUGAUCGUUCACGUAGCCCGUGUGACGUCUCUUGGCUAAGUUUGUUUGGGCGGCGUUGCUAGGUUUUGGGACAUGCGCAGUUGGUCAUGGAGGACGUGGAAUUUGAGGCCGUAAUCCUGUCACCGCUGAGUGAGGUUUUUUUAAUUUUAGUAAUCAUGAUUACUGGUAACACGUAUUCACAGGUGGUGUAUCACUGAUUUAAUGAGCCCUAUUUACACAAUUUAGGGUAUAGUUAUGAGAUGACUAUGGAUAUUAUUGACUUUCACUAUGGUACACACUGUGUAAAUCACUAUUGUUCUGCAAUUUAUAUUAUGGAGAUAUUCAGUAUUUUUGACUUGUUUUUAGGUCUAUACAUUUUUUUAAUUGAAUGAUUAUCACUUGUUUUGCCACUAUGUAUUCUGGGUAUAUAUACCCUUGUAUUACACCUUGCUUUAUGCUUGUUAAAGACCGCAUUGAGCGGUUGAAACGUUGCAGAGGGGA